UCCGGGCUCCCUCGAGCCGUCGAGCAGACAUGUCGGGCUUCAGCCCCGAGCUCAUCGACUACCUGGAAGGAAAGAUAUCGUUUGAGGAGUUCGAGCGGCGUAGAGAAGAGCGGAAGACGCGGGAGAAGAAGAGUCUUCAGGAAGAAGGAAGAGUGUCAGCUGGGGAGCACCCAGGUGACGCUGAAGUGCCAUCCUCGUCGGGAAUCAGCUCUGCCAGAGCCCACCUCAGGGGUGCCAGUGAAGGAGAAACUUCAGAUGGGGUGAGUAAGUCGGUGCAGAAGGUCUUUGACUCCAUGCUUGGAGAGACGGAGGAUGAUGAGGACGAGGAUGAGGAUGAGGACGAAGACGAGGAGACCCCUGAGCAGCCCACAGCCGGUGAUGUGUUCGUGCUGGAGAUGGUUCUCAACCGUGAGACCAAGAAGAUGAUGAAAGAGAAGAGGCCUCGCAGCAAACUUCCCAGGGCACUGCGGGGGCUUAUGGGUGAAGCCAACAUUCAGUUUGCACGAGGAAAGCGCGAGGAGGCCAUUGUGAUGUGCAUGGAGAUCAUCCGACAAGCUCCUCUGGCAUAUGAGCCGUUCUCUACACUUGCCAUGAUAUAUGAGGACCAAGGUGACAUGGAGAAGUCGUUGCAGUUUGAACUGAUUGCUGCACAUUUAAAUCCCAGUGACACUGAAGAAUGGGUUAGACUGGCAGAAAUGUCCCUGGAACAAGACAAUAUUAAGCAGGCUAUUUUUUGCUAUACAAAAGCUCUGAAGUAUGAACCUACUAAUAUCCGUUUUCUGUGGGAGCGGUCAAGUCUGUGUGAACAGAUGGGCGACCAUAAAAUGGCGAUGGACGGGUACCGGCGCAUUCUAAACCUUCUGCCUACGUCUGAUGGAGAGCGCUUUAUGCAGCUGGCUAGAGACAUGGCCAAGAGUUACUAUGAAGCCAAUGAUGGUACUUCAGCUAUUAACAUAAUUGAAGAAGCGUUCUCCAAGCACCAGGCCCUGGUCUCCAUGGAGGAUGUCAAUGUUGCAGCCGAGCUGUAUAUUUCUAACAAGCAGUAUGACAAAGCAUUGGAGAUAAUUACAGAUUUUUCUGGAAUUGUCCUAGAAAAGAAAUCUUUGGAAGAAGGUGGCCCCUCAGAAGAGGAUAAAGCAGACGAGAUGGUUGCAUGUGCGAUCCCCGAGGGUGUGCCCAUUGACAUCAUGGUGAAGCUCAUGGUCUGCCUGGUGCACCUCAACAUUCUUGAGCCACUCAGCCCUCUCCUGACCACGCUGGUGGAACAGAAUCCCGAAGACAUGGGCGACCUCUACCUUGACGUCGCAGAGGCAUUCCUGGAGGUGGGCGAGUAUGGCUCCGCGCUUCCGCUCCUCAGCGCGCUGGUUUGCUCCGAAAGAUACAGCCUUGCUGUGGUUUGGCUUCGCCAUGCAGAGUGCCUGAAGGCCCUGGGCUACAUGGAGCGCGCCGCCGAGAGCUACACCAAGGUGGUAGAGCUGGCCCCACUCCACUUGGAUGCCAGGAUCUCCCUGUCCACCCUUCAGCAGCAGCUGGGCCGGCCCGAGAAGGCACUGGAGGCUCUGGAACCAAUGUACGACCCAGACACGCUGGCCCAGGAUGCAAGUGCCGCGCAGCAGGAGCUGAAGCUGCUGCUGCACCGGUCCACGCUGCUGUUCUCGCAGGGCAAGCUGUACGGCUAUGUGGACACCCUGCUGACCAUGCUGGCCAUGCUGUUGAAGGUAGCUAUGAACAGAGCUCAGGUCUGCCUGAUAUCCAGCUCCAGAUCUGGAGAGAGACACCUCUACCUUAUGAAAGUUUCGAGAGACAAAAUAGCAGACAGCAGUGACCAAGAGACAGCAAAUUGUGAUGCAAAAGCGAUAUUCGCGGUGCUCACGAGUGUCCUGCCCAAGGAUGACUGGUGGAGCCUUCUGCUGAAGGCCAUUUACUCCCUGUGCGAACUGGCCCGGUUUGAAGAGGCCGAGCUGCUGGUGGACUCUUCGCUGGAAUACUACUCAUUUUACGAUGACAGGCAGAAACGCAAAGAACUGGAAUACUUUGGUCUGUCUGCUGCGAUUCUGGACAAAAAUUUCAGAAAGGCAUACAACUAUAUCAGGAUAAUGGUAAUGGAAAAUGUCAAUAAGCCCCAGCUCUGGAAUAUUUUCAACCAAGUCACCAUGCGCUCCCAGGAUGUGCGACAUCAUCGCUUCUGUCUUCGUCUCAUGCUGAAAAACCCAGAUAACCACGCCCUGUGUGUGCUGAACGGACACAACGCGUUCGUGUCAGGCAGCUUUAAGCAUGCGCUCGCACAGUACACACAAGCCUUCCGUGCCCGUCGCGACGAGCCCCUCUACAACCUGUGUAUCGGCCUGACCUUCAUCCACAUGGCGUCCCAGAAGUAUGUGCUGAAGAGACACGCUCUCGUCGUGCAGGGCUUUGCCUUCCUUAACCGGUACCUCAGCCUGCGUGGACGGUGCCAGGAAUCGCUCUACAACUUGGGCCGUGCCCUUCACCAGCUGGGGCUGACACAUCUCGCCAUCCACUACUACCAGGAGGCGCUGGAGCUCCCCCCACCCAUGGCGGAGGGCAUAGAGGUGGACCAGGUGGACUUGCGGAGAGACGUCGCCUACAACCUGGCGCUCAUCUACCAGGGCAGCGGGAACACGCUCAUGGCCCAGUUCCUGCUGCUUACGUACUGCACCAUAUGAAGCCCUCGGCCACGGUGGGGACAGCCCGUGCGUAGCCACCCUCCCCUUCAGGAUGUGCCUGGCAGCGCAGUCGCCUGGCUUCCAUGCC